CGCCGGCUGCAUAUAAGGUUUAAAAACCCCGUGCCCUACGUCCUCAAACUUUGACUAAGUAGAAGCGUUCCCGGGCCGCCCGCGUAGAGUAAGAGGGCCUUAAAAUGGAGUUUCGCUGUAAGCGUUAUAAAGAGAAGAAGUUACGUUAUUUUAUAGAGACGACGACGGGUCGUUGCGCUAGUUGCAUUUUUGUUAGUACUAAGUAUAGUCUUUUUGUUUCUAAAGAAGAGUGGGAGAAAGUUCGAGAGGAACGUGAAGAACGAGAACUGGCUGUGGCUCGUCUUAAGGUAUAGCUGUCUUAAUAGAAGCUGGAGCUUCUAGAAGUAAAGAAGCGUGAACGGAUUUUCGUGCGUCGCGAUCUUAUAAUUCUUACUAUUUAAGAUCGUGCGAAAGAGUAGACUGAGGGGAGCUUAGCCCCUAGGGGUACGGGCCUUUCUAUUGUCGAACCAUCGCUAUUUAAACUAUUGGCUGAUCUGGGCUAGUUAUAGG